CUGAAGAGAACCACCCAAAGAACUAGCCACUGAUUGAUUUAUGAAAAAAAAUUAAAUUUUGGUUGCAUAAAAUUUUUGCUACCUCAUUCACUAAAGAUUACUGCAGCAGUGUUUUGGUUUUGUAAAAACAGAAUGACCUCCAACAAAACUCUUCUUCUUCACUCCCCUCACCAUGGGAACACUACAGUGGACACAGACACUGAAGACAUUGUGAAUAAGGUCAGCAUUGUCUUCCUUACCACGAUCGUUCUCUUUGGCACCACCGGGAACUCUUUGGUCAUCUGGGUGGCUGGUUUCCGUAUGAAGCCCAACGUCACUAAUGUAUGGCUGGUCAAUCUCGCCGUAGCAGACCUGAUCUUCUCCCUGACAAGAGUCUUAUCACUCAUCAGAGUUUUGUUCUACAAAAACUUUUGGCCUUUUGGACUCUUUCUCUGCAAGUUCACUGGUUUCUUCAAGUACGCCAACAUGUUCUGCAGUGUUUUUCUUCUGGCCGUGAUCAGCGUGGAUCGAGUGCUCUGCAUCUGGCGUCCAGUGUUAACCAGAAAACGACGGACGUUAUGUGCUGCUCGGGUGGUCAGCGUGGGAGUUUGGAUUAUGGCGGUGAUCUUUAGCUCACCGUACUUUGUGUACAGACAAGUUUAUUCUGACGAGAACGAGAACAAUUUGAACCAAUGCUCUCUGAAGGAGAAAGGAGCAGAAGAUGAAAAGUAUGUCUACUACUGCAUUCGUUUCAUCUGUGGAUUCUUGCUGCCCUUCCUGGUCAUCCUUAUCUGUUACAUACUAGCUGCUGUUGGGAUACGCAGAACACGGCUCUCUGGAAAAUCGAGGCCUCUUCGGAUUCUUGCUGUAUUGGUCUGUGCCUUUUUCUUGUGUUGGGCUCCAUACCACUUUCUAGGGCUGGUCAAGCUGAUGAAUGAAGAAAACAAGGCUGUAAAAGAGGGAUGGACUAUAGCUUCAGACUUAGCUUAUUUCAACAGCUGCAUUAACCCGGUUCUGUAUUUCUGCAUGGGACUGGAUGUUCGUCGACGAUGCAACCAAAACCUGUCUGGGAUUUUUCACAGAGCGCUUACGGAAGAAGGCCAAAGUCUCUCACGGCAAGGCUCUAAAGAAGAAAGCCAUAAUUCUGUUUCAAGAAAUGCAGAUACUGGGUGUGAAUCUAAAGUGUAAUAAAAGUUUUUAUAAGCACA